CUACUUUGUGCUCCUCCAUUCCCAUCAACCAAGACUGCUUAAUUUACUUCAUAAUUUAUAGAAGGAAUUACAGGUAGAAAAUGUAUGAAAGAGUUUUUUAAAUGUACAGAUCCUUCUUCUUACUUUAGAAUUAGCAAUAAUAUUGCCAAGGAAAAAAAUAAAUGCUGAUAUUGAACCAUGUCAGAAAUCUUUUCAAGAGAAUGGAUUGUUUCACACAGAACGGAGAUGUGGCUUCUGAUUCUGGUGGCGUAUUUGUUACAAAGAAAUGUGAAUUCAGGACAUAUGCCAACAAAAGCUGUGGACCCAGAAGCAUUCAUGAAUAUUAGUGAAAUCAUCCGACAUCAAGGCUAUCCCUAUGAGGAGUAUGAAGUUGCAACUGAAGAUGGGUAUAUCCUUUCUCUUAACAGAAUUCCUCAAGGCCUAGUGCAACUUAAGAAAACAGGUUCCAGACCUGUGGUGUUACUGCAGCAUGGUCUACUUGGAGAUGCUAGCAACUGGAUUUCCAACCUACCCAACAACAGCUUGGGCUUCAUUCUGGCAGAUGCUGGUUAUGAUGUGUGGCUGGGAAACAGCAGAGGAAACACCUGGUCUCGUAAACACAAAACCCUCACCACAGACCAAGAUGAGUUCUGGGCUUUCAGUUAUGAUGAGAUGGCUAGGUUUGACCUUCCGGCAGUGAUAAACUUUAUUUUGCAGAAAACGAGCCAGGAAAAGAUCUAUUAUGUCGGCUAUUCACAGGGCACCACCAUGGGCUUCAUUGCAUUUUCCGCCAUGCCAGAGCUGGCUCAGAAAAUCAAAAUGUAUUUUGCUCUGGCACCUAUAGCUACUAUCAAAUAUGCAAAAAGCCCUGGAGCCAAAUUAUUGUUGCUGCCACAUAUGAUGAUCAAGGGAUUGUUUGGCAGAAAAGAAUUCUUGCACCAGAACAGAAUUCUCAGACAGCUUUUGAUUUACCUUUGUGGCCAGGUGAUAAUUGAUCAGAUUUGUAGCAAUAUCAUGUUACUUAUGGGUGGAUUCAAUUCAAACAAUAUUAACAUGAGCCGAAUGAAUGUGUAUGUUGGCCAUACUCUUGCUGGAACAUCUGUGCAAAACAUCCUUCACUGGAGCCAGGCAGUGAAUUCUGGGGAACUCCGGGCAUUUGACUGGGGGAGUGAGACCAAGAAUCUGGAAAAAAGCAAUCAGUUUAUGGUGGUUACUAGAAGGAGCCUUUUAGGAUUGAAAAAAGAAGAAGAAGAAGAAGAGGAAGAGGAAGAAUGGGAAUGGCAAUAG